GAAGAGCAUGUCAAGUAUCGAGUGGUUAGGGUUAGGGUAACACACAGAGGAAACUGCACCCUGACUGAUAAGCAGGCACGAAAACGACGCAUGGUGUUUCUGAAGGACUUUCCUGAUUUCUGGAAAUGACUAGUCUUUUUGAAUUAAAGCUCCUGGCACUGUGUGCCGGGCUGCUGGGCUCCAGCAUCCUAUGUCUUGCUAGCAAAACUGAGACAAGCAUACCUCCAUUCACUGUAAAACCCACUCUGCCUACAUUCACCCCAGCUAAAGCGAGUACUGGACAUUCUAAACCAGCCCUUAGCCCCACUCUUGCACUCACCACUGCAACCCCUCCUUCCAACUACAGUGAUGUUCCUGCCUCACCAGGUCAAAUUAGUACAAGCAAAGAGCCAUCAUCCUCUAUCACCACUCAUGCACCCACCAGUGCAGCUCAUUCAAACCCCAGCAAUACUGGAUCACAAGACACAGCACUCACCAGCACACUUCCACCCUCCACUUCAUCCAACUCUGCACAGAACCUUUCCCCUCCCACCAUCCAAGGAGAAAAUGAUACUGCUACAUCUCUACCCACCAAUACUACCAAACCCACAAGCACCUCCUCUGAGAGUUCUAAUACUGCAAGCACUGAAGACAACACAAACAAUACAACUACUCCUGCACUCACUGUCACCACGACAGCAGCAUCAAUCAUUACAACCACGGGGACUUCAGCACAGUGCAACGAUUACACCGAGAUUGGAUUUAAUGGAACAAAGUACAAUGACACAGCUGUACAGCUAAGUGUUACAAUUCCAUAUAAUGCAAGCAAUUACACAAACCUAACGGUAACCUGUGAUAAUUGCAAAAAUAAGACAGAGAAGCCAAUAACAACGACAGUUAUCUUUGCGGAUCUUGAAAUGUGUACCAACUACACGUUUUCUUUAAGUGGAAAAACUUGUAACACCACCAUAGAAAACAAAACAGAAGUGUCAAUUCAACCAGAUCUGCUGGGGCUCAAUGUCACUCCAUCAAAUAUAUCUGUGACCCUUCAAUGGCAAAAAUAUGAUGGUCUGACAUAUAUAAUUGGUUGUAAUGAAACAGAUCCUGAUACCACAGAUGUUCGUCCUCCAUUGAUUGUGAGAGAUGAAGGUACAGCAACUGUUGAGAAUCUGACUCCAUUUACAGACUACUUAUGCUAUGUGACAUCCUACCGCAACAAUGUAUCGUGUAACACAAUCAAUCAAACAGUAAAAACAACCUGUGAAUAUCCUGGACAGCCAACCAUUGUUCAUAAAACUUUUGGAAAUCAUUCGGUUUCAAUUACAUGGUCACUUGAAGCAAAAAAUGGAAAUUUCUCAUUUGAAAUUAAGUGCCCUGCCGAAAAAAAGUUCACUGAUAUACAGUCGGUCAGUGCUCAUGAAUGUAAAGAUAUUAAAUACAAUGGAACAUAUGAUAUACAGCUUUUGGCAUACAGCAAAUGUGAAAAUAAAACAUUUAAAGGACAACCUGUGAAAGUAUCAGUACCCCGUCCAAAUAAACCGACAUUUAGAACCCAAAUGCCACAGAACAAUGAAAUACAAAUAUAUUCUACAGAAUCAGCAGAAAAUCAAAAACCUUGGUAUCAGUAUUCAUCAAGGAUAACCAUACCAGAUGAAACACAAUGGAUAAAUUGGAAAACAUUUGAAUUCACUUACAAAAAUCUCCACUAUAGCACAUUUUACAAAUUUGAGGUAAGAGUAAAUAAUACUCUUGUAAUAAGUGAACAUGCAACAAUUCAUGAAACCACUAAAUAUAACGACAAAGCUUUGAUUGGGUUCCUGGCAUUCCUCAUUGUUCUGACCUCUUUAGCCCUUGCCUUUGUUGUAUACAAAAUCUACUUGCUGCAGAAGAAAAAUUCAGACUCUUCUGAUGAAUCUGUAGAGCUCAUUGGACGUGAUGAAGACAAGCAGAUUCUCAAUGUGGAACCCAUCCCAGCGGAUAUGUUGCUGGACACCUACCGAAGGAAGAUAGCUGAUGAGGGGAGACUCUUCCUUAGUGAAUUUCAGAGUAUACCCAGAGUUUUCAGCAAAUACGCAACAAAAGAGGCACGCAAGAAUUGUAACCAGAGCAAGAACCGCUACGUUGAUAUACUACCUUAUGACUAUAAUCGAGCCAUUCUUUCCCCAAUUAAUGGAGAAGCCGGGUCAGAGUAUAUCAAUGCAAGCUUCAUAGAUGGCUACAAAGAACCAAAAAAAUACAUUGCUGCACAAGGUCCAAAGGAAGAGACCAUGGCUGAUUUCUGGAGAAUGAUUUGGGAGCAGCAAUCAUCCAUUAUCGUUAUGGUGACCCGUUGUGAGGAAGGAAACAGGAACAAAUGUGCUCAGUAUUGGCCAACUAUGGUGAACGAAACCAAGAACCUUCAUGAGUUUGAUGUGAAGCUAAAUGAAGAAAACAAAUACCCUGACUACAUCGUUCGAAAGCUCACCAUCAAAAAAUUAUGUUCAGCACAAAUCAUAAAAGAGAACGUGAACAACUCAGAGCGAGUUGUGACUCACAUCCAGUUUACCAGCUGGCCUGACCAUGGAGUCCCUGACAAUCCUCAGCUGCUUCUGAAGUUACGCCGAAGAGUGAACUCUUUCACCAAUGUCUUCAGUGGCCCGAUUGUCGUUCACUGCAGUGCUGGAGUAGGUCGUACUGGUACCUAUAUGGGCAUAGAUGCCAUGAUAGAAGGGCUGGAGGCAGAGGAUUGUGUUGAUGUUUAUGGCUAUGUGGUAAGACUCCGUCGCCAGCGCUGCCUCAUGGUGCAGGUAGAGACCCAGUACAUAUUGAUCCACCAGGCUCUGCUUGAACACUAUCAGUCUGGUGAAACUGAGCUUGCCCUCUCUGAACUGCAUUCCUCCCUGAACACUUUAAAGGCACGUGACCCUCCAACAGAACCAUCCCUUCUGGAGACAGAAUUCCAGAGACUUCCCAAGCCCAGAAACUUGAGGUUCCAAAGUGUAGGACAACAUGAAGAUAAUACCAACAAAAAUCGGUAUUCCACUGUUGUUCCAUAUGAUUAUAACAGAGUGCUUAUUAAGCUGGAAGAUGAGGUGAGCCAAGACACCAAUCAUGAAGAAGACACUGAGGAGUCCUCUGAUGAAGAAAGCGAUGACGAAGACUCGACCAAAUACAUCAAUGCAUCUUACAUAAAUGGCUACUGGAGCAAAAGAUCUCUGAUUGCUGCCCAGGGACCGCUUCCAAAUACCAUUGAAGACUUCUGGCACAUGAUCUUCCAGAAGAAAGCAAAGGUCAUUGUUAUGCUAACAGACUGCAAAGAAGGAGACAAGGAUUAUUGUGCUUCAUACUGGGGAGAUGAGAAGACGUUAUAUGGUGAGAUUGAAGUUGAGGUAACCGACUGCAACAAAGCUUCCGGCUACACAGUCCGUGCUAUUGAAAUAAGGCACACAAAGGGGAAAGAAACACGAAAAAUCUACCAAUAUUAUUAUCACAUGUGGAGUGGGUUGGAUCUUCCAGAAGGCUCACAGGAGCUGGUUGCUAUGAUAAAAAGCAUAAAACAGGAGAUUACAUCAAAAUCUGCCCAUAAUAACUCCAAGCAGGAUAAGAACGUGCCAUUGGUUGUUCACUGCAAUGAUGGAGCAACAAGAACUGGGAUAUUCUGUGCUCUCUGGAAUCUCAUGGACAGUGCAGAAACUGAAGGGGUGGUAGAUGUGUUCCAAACUGUAAAAGCUCUACGUAAACAAAGGCCAGGAUUACUGACAUCCUUUGAACAUUAUAAGUUCUUGUAUGAUGUGAUAGCAAAGACCUUUCCUGUCCAGAAUGGGAAGGUGAAGUCAAGCUCUGCCCAGGCAGAGGACACUAUUGAGGUUGUCAAUGAACAGCAAGCAGAGCAAGCAGGAAUGAAGGAGCAGCCUGAAGACAACCAGCCAGACAAACAAGAGCCUGUUAAGUCCAGUCCUGCAGAUGCCUCACCCGACUCCGCAGAGCAGAAAAAGGAAUCUGAAGAGUUGAAAUAACCCACCAGUACUGCUGAGAAAGCAGCAGUAGAAAGUUCUGCCAAUGGCCCAACCCUCAGUUAGAGAGCCAGUUAAAAAAAUGAAACAUGUCUGUGUGUGUGAAAUUUUUAAUGUUUAUAGCUUUUGUUUUUACAGACCAUGUUUUCAUGCAAACCAUGAGAAGAGCAAGGACAAGAUUUUGAACCUGAACAGAUGAAUGUAUAUUAUUAUCUUGCAUGCACAUACUGAAAUCAGGUCAUCAAAGGGGUAUGUGCAUACGGAAAGGUAAACACACCGAAAUGUGUACAGUAGAUCAGUUGAGGGUAGUGUAAGGAGAAAUCAUUUGCUAAAUUGUACAUCAACCCAGUUACUGUUUUCCACCAUUCCUUUUAAUGUGUCACUUGCAUGCUUAAGAUGUAGAUGAUAAAUUGCAAAAAUCAGGAAUUUUAAAAUGAAAGUUACAACAGUAUCACAACAAAUUAUGUGUAUUCCAGUUCCCUAAACACUUGAGUGCUUUGAUGAUAAAGUUCUCUUUCCAACCAUCCUGAUCUGUGAGAUCGUUCCCGUCCUUUAGUUCCCAAGCCAGGCUGGGCUGUGCUUUGUACAACACCACUGAAACAUCCAUUUAGGGAACCGAAAACAUGUCCCAAUAACUAACUACUGGUACUGUUCAUCAGCGUUUGAAAUUAGAAGGGACAGUGAUUUAACCCCUUGUUUGCACUACUUCUCUAUAUCUUACCAAACUAUAACUGCUUUGUUAAAAGUCUUUUGCACAUUAAAGAGUUGUCCGUAUUGAUUAUAUAGUGUAUAUUACAGAGUUAAUGCAUAUGAUUUAAUUAAGCUUAUGAACAUUUUCUCUUGUUUGUUUUGAAUGCUUUUUAAUUUUCUAUGCUAAAAUCAUACUUUUAUGUGUUAUGAGGGGUCUUGGUGGAGUCAAUGGGUGUACGCAUAGGCAAAGAAAACACAUAUGGAUCCCUAGUGGACAUUUUGUACCACAUACAAUCACACUCCAUGUUGUAUAUGUCAUUGUCAGUUGUACUAUGGGGGAAAAAAAAGUCUGUCAGCAUAAUUUAAUUUUAUGUUACAUAAACAGUGAAAAAAUGUGCCAUGGUAAAAACAACCCAAUAAAUUCAAACUUUAUUUUUCAUAUUUCUACUGAUUUUGUUAUUGUACGAAAUGUAAAGCAUGAAGUGUAUCAUCUGUAUGAAUUGGUCAGUCUGGUUUUAAUAAAUAUUUCUUAAAAUUGAAA